AAUUUUAGCAAUUUGAGCUUCUAGGGCUAUUGUGUGUUUAUUUGUGUUUGUUAUAUAUUAAUUGAGCUACAAAUUAAUCUUGAUAUUGUUGGAACUUCGUUAUGUGUUUCUAUAUUUUCCUCUGGUCUAAUUAUAAGAUUGGGGGUAUUACAAGUUAGAUUUAUAUUACUUCUGUUCAGUAUAAGUUGUUGUAGAUAGUUAGACAAUUGUAAUUAUUAGACAUAAAAAUGUGCUUUUCAGUGGACUAUAAGUUGAUUUAUAUCCAUUUAGCAGGUGCUUGAUAAGAAAUCGAACUGCAUUGGUUCGCCUAUAGUGUACAAUCAGAAUCCCGGCUUUUGCGUUGAAUUUGUUCUGUCUGACGUAAGAUGAUUAGUAAUUGAUAUAGGUGCUACCAUUAUGAAUUUGACGUAUAAUUGAUUAUAAAUAGCAAUUCAUACUUGUCUGAAUGUAGAGUGGAAACGGAAGGCGAUAAAUAAUGAUGUAGGUGCUACCAAUAUGGGAUUCGACGAGUGACUGUUUAUAAAUUUCUAUAUUUAGCGUGCAAAUGAGAUUCUAAUCCUUUGUGAAAAUGAUAACACUCGGUUUCAUGAGUGGUAGUACUAGUUUGACAACGUAACGAUUGCAGACGUGCAAUUGCAUUAGCAUGAUAAUGUUUACAUUCUAGUGUAAUGAAUAUAGUAUAUGUAAUAUGAAUAUAUCUGCAUGAAGUUGUCAAUUAUCUGCACAUCCUGAUACAAUCUAGUUUUCCGUAGCAUUGCAAAUCGUACAACAGUCAAUAUACCUCUAAAAAUCUGUUUGGAAUUAUGUGAACAAAACAAUGCACAGUGACCUUUAAAUGGUAGGUGUCAGCUUUUAGUUUCGGCCAUUAAUUAAUGCGGUUAUAUACGACAAUAUCCAUUAUUCCGACACCAGUCCUACAUAGAACUACAUAUUGUGUUAAAAAAAACAAAUCUAAAACAACAUUGCGUAUGGACCAAGUAAGAAAGGUUAAGAUAUCAUCAUUUGAAAUAUUUAUAAUGCUUUAUGUUGUGUUUAAGAACAUAUCACAAGGCCUUGUCAUGUCGUGAUUUGUCUGUUUUGCUUUUGCAUAUCCAAUUCAACCAGCAGAUUUGUACUUGCACAUAUUUAUCUUAAAUAACUUUACAAAAAUAUAAUUUGAAUUGUUAGCUUGUCUUAAGAUCCUCAAUUACCUGUGCAGGAUUUAGCAUUCAAGUUAUACUGGAUAUGUAGUUAGCCGUGAUCAAGUAGCAUUGGUAGAUGAUGGACGUGAUAUCCGCAUUUGUAGAAUUGGUAUCUGCCUUGAUAGUCCUGGUUACGUUACCUUUGUCGUUAUUUGUAUCAUCUUGUAGAUUGGGUGUCAAAUGUACUUUAAUAGUUAUCAGCACAUUGGUGGAACUGUUGACGGCAGCUAUCUUCCUGCAUGUACACAUAUUCUGGAGACUUUUGGUCUGGACUGGUGCUCUUUUAUCUCUUCCUGGACGACUUUUAAAUGCACUACACAGGAAUAGGCUGAUGGAGAUGCAUCUCCAGGAGAUGCAAGAUGUACUGGAGACCAUUCUUUUGGAAAAAAAGCAACUUAAAGAACGAUUAAAGACGGCUAUUAAAGACCGGAGGAUGAUGGAGGUGAUGCUAGCAGAACUGGAAGAGGAACAUGACCAAGCAAUUGUGAAGAUCGAAUCAUUAGAGAGUGAGUUGCAAGGUAUGAAGAAUGAGAUAGAUCAGCUGAAGGAGGUUAAAGAGAAGUCACUGGGGAGCUCCAGAGACCUUGCAGAUACAAUCAGCAAUCAGAGUGCCAUCGAUGCUGACAAGUUUGCUAUUGCGCAUGAGGUAUACACAUGGAAACCAAGUGGUCAUGGUUCUGAUCUGGCCCUGCAUAGCUUGCUGCAGAAAGAUAUCCGUGAAGACGAUAGCAAACUUAAGCCUGCAAUGCAGCAUUUUGUGAAAGAUAAAUCAAAAUCCAGUCCAACUGCAAUUCCAUAUAAAUCCACUUCUAUCUCAAAGCAUUCAGAUGUUGAUGAAGUACUUCACCGUCGAAGAGAAGUUGCCCUUUCUCAGAGCCUUUUCAGUGCUAUAUUAUCGCUACUGGUUGCAAUGGUUAUUUGGAAAGCGGAAGACCCUUGCAUGCCACUUGUAGUAGCUCUUUUCUCCGUAGUUGGAGUGUCACUGAAAAGCGUGGUCCACUUCUUCUCUACCAUAGAAAACAAACCGGCUUCCGAUGCAGUUACCCUCUUAAGCAUCAGUUGGUUUCUUCUUGGCACACUCACUUAUCCUACACUGCCAAAGGCUGUUCGCAUGUAUGGUCCUGCAGUAUACAAGAUUUCCAAUCAGCUGGUAAAAUCUCUUGGUUUUUCGUACUAGUCUUUGACUUUCAGUUCAUGCUACCAUGUACCGUAGACAUUAGUCGUUAGCUUUUCUUUUCUCAAGUGUAUUUUUGUCUCAACAGCUUCUCAUUUAGGGACAUUCACUAUUUGGGAGAUGGUGUUCUUUCUUUCAGAGUAAAUAGACAACAAAGUGUGUCUCGAGUUUUCUCAAGUCCAA